AUGGGCAGGGAAAGCCCUGCACACCUGGGGCGCCAUCGGCGAGGGCAGCUGGUGGCUCUGACCGUGACCCUCCUCCUCACCUGCGGGCCAGGCCCUGAUGAGUCUGUGGCAAUCACCACCAGGGAGCUGAGUCAAGGAGAACAUGGAGGAACCACUUGGCCAACCAGUAACCCCGCCUCUCUUACGACUAUGAUCAAUGUGGGGACUGAUGGCAUUGUGGAGCGUAUCACAAAGAUACCCAAUGAAGCAGCACAUGGAGACACCACCAUCCAUGUCCCCCUGGCAUCCACGUCUGCUAGUCUUAGAGGACUAUCAACAGGAGGGACAGAGAGGGCAGAGACCACUGCCAUGGUUCUGAAGACCACUUCCACAGUGACUUUGACUACCAGAGUCUCUACUCCCACUUCAGAGAUCACAGCCGCACCAUCCAUCCCACCUGGAUUGGAGACUAGUACAGCUCUUCCAAAUCAGACUGUUUCUCUCAGUCCACCAGAAACAUCCUCUCUCUUCACCACAACUGUGACCAAGACAGCCAGAGUUAAUCUAACUCCAACGGCUUCAUUUGAUGUUCCUGCAGAAACAGCCUCACUCUCCACCCAUCCUGGGACAGACAUCAGCGCAACUAUCUCAACUUCAGCUCUUUCCCGUGGUUUACCAGAGACCACAGGCUUAUUGGCCACCAGGCCUGCAACAGAGGCCAGUACAAGUACCCCAGCUCUGACUGUUUCCCCUGGCGUUCUUGGGCCUUCCAGGACCUCUGCAACAACUGUUGGGCUUUAUACUGUACCUUCCUGGAGCACAGAAACCUCACCACCCACAACCUCAGUUGGACACCCAGAAUUUCCCAAGACUGUGACAGGGGACACCGUGACCUUGAUAGCAUCAGAGACCCCAACACCAUCUAAAACCAGUCAUGGGGAAGGAUUAAGUACAACCGCUAUCCUGAAAACCACCACUGUUGAGACCACUCAUUUAGCUGCCACAGGUUCAGGUCCCACUGUGGCUGAGACCACAAUCACCUUCAAUACACUGUCUGGAAGUCCUUUUGCCCCUGUGACCACACCUGGAAUCUCUACCUUGGCCUCUGUGAGUGUGACUUCAGGAACAACUGCAAUUCCUUUAUUGAUGCCUUUUACUGUCAACUUCACCAUCACCAACCUGCACUACACGGAAGACAUGGGAAACUCGGACUCUGAGUUAUUCAGUGCCACUGAGAGAGACCUGCAGCACCUGCUCAGUCCUCUGUUCAAAAAGAGCAGCGUUGGUUCCCUGUAUACCAGCUGUAGACUGACCUUGCUCAGGGCUGACAAGGAUGGAACAAGCACCAGAAUGGAUGCGGUCUGCACCUACCGCCCAGAUCCCACAGGCUUCAGGCUGGACAGAGAACGGCUGUAUUGGGAACUAAGCCAACAGACCCAUGGUAUCACUCGGUUGGGCCCCUACACCCUGGACAGGAACAGUCUCUACGUCAAUGGUUAUAACCAUCAGUACUGGAUCCCCACCACCAGCACUCCGGUGACCUCUACAUUCUCUCCAGGACCUCCAACAACUCUGACCUCCACCCCCAGCUCUACAGUUGCAAGCAUGGGCCCAGCCCUGGUGCCAUUCACCCUUAAUUUCACCAUCACCAACCUGUUCUAUACCCCAGACAUGGGGCACAGAGGCUACGCAAAGUUCAACUUCACUGAGAAGCCUCUGAAUCGCCUGCUUGGUCCUCUGUUCAAGAACACCAGUAUCGGCCCACUGUACUCUGGCUGCAGACUGACUCUGCUCAGGACUGAAAAGGAUGGGGCAGCAACUGGAGUGGAUACCAUCUGCACCUACCAUCCUGACCCCAAGCAUCCCGGGCUGGACAGAGAAAAGUUGUACCAGGAGCUGAGUCAGCUGACUCAUGGAGUCACCCAGCUGGGCACCUACACCCUGGACCGUAAUAAGCUCUAUGUCAAUGGUUAUAAUGAACAUGGUCCAGAUGAGCCUCUUACAACUCCCGAACCAGCUACCAUGUUCCUGCCUACUUCAUCAUCACCUGUGCAACCAGAAUCCACCACAGCUAUGGGACACAACCUGAAGACCCUCACACUCAACUUCACCAUCUCCAACCUUCCAUAUUCAUCAGACAUGAGCAAUGGCUCAGCCAUGUUCAACUCCACCGAGAUGGUCCUGCAGCGCCUGCUUGGAUCGUUGUUCCAGAAGAGCAGCCUGGGCCCCUUCUACUCGGGUUGCAGACCAAUCUCCCUCAAACCUGAGAAGGAUGGUGCAGCCACCAGCAUGGAUGCCGUCUGCACCUACCACCCUGACCCCACGGGCCACAGGCUGGACAGAGAGCAGCUUUAUUGGGAGCUGAACCAGCUGACCAGUGGUGCCACCCAGAUGGGCUUCUACACCCUGGCCAAGGACAGCCUCUUCGUCAAUGGCUAUGCACCCCAGAGUUUAUCUAUCCAGAGCGAGUACCAGCUAAAUUUCCACAUCAUCAACUGGAACCUCAGCAACCCAGACCCCACGUCCUUAGAGUACAUUGCCCUGCUGAAGGACAUCCAGGACAAGGUCACAAAACUGUACAGAGGCAGCCAGCUACAAGACAUAUUCCACUCCUGCCUGGUCACCAACUUGAUGUUGGAUCCCAUGUCGGUCAGCAUCAAGGCAUUAUUCGCCUCCAAUCUGGACUCCAGCGUGGUGAAGCAAGUGUUUCUAGGCAAGACCCUUAAUGCCUCAUCCUACUGGCUGGGUGCCACCUACCAGUUGACAGAUGUGCAUGUGACAGAAGUGGAGCCAUCAAUUCAUCUACCAACAGACCAACCAACAAUCAGUCCCAGCUUCCAGAACUUCCAGCUGAAUUUCACUGUCACCAACUUAAUCUAUUCCCAGGACAUAGCCCCAGGCACCCCCAAACACCAGCGGAACAAGAGAAAUAUUGAGGAUGCGCUCAACCAGCUCUUCCGAAACAGCAGCAUCAAGAAUUAUUUUUCUGACUGUCAAGUUUCAGCAUUCAGGUCUGAGCCCCCCAGCAACCACACUGGGGUAGAUGCUCAGUGUAACUUCUCACCAUUGGCUCAGAGACUGGACAGAGUUGCCAUCUAUGAGGAAUUCCUGCAGCUGACCAAGAAUGGUACCCAGCUGCAGAAUUUUAUCCUGGACAGGAAUAGUGUCCUUGUGGAUGGGUAUUCUCCCAACAGAAACAAUGUCUUGACUGAGAAUUCGGACCUCCCCUUCUGGGCCAUCAUCCUCAUCUGUCUGGCAGGACUCCUGGGGCUCAUCAUAUGCCUGAUCUGCUGUUUCCUGAUAAGCAAGGAAGUGUUGUUGUCUUCUUACUAUCAGGUCACUGUUUCCAGGCAGAAGGAGGAGGAAGACUGCGAGGCUCAGCAACAACGCCUGGGCUAUUACCUGCCACGCGUGGACCUGAGGAAGCUGCAGUGA